AUGACGGUGACGGGCAUUUUACCAACAUAUCAACGAUUCGUGAAUGGUGUUCCAGUGCCGUUUUCGAGACGUUCUUUUAGGCCUAGAGAAAAAUAUGUAGUAUUUUUAGUGUUCGUAACAUUCGGUUUAGUAUGUUUUGGUACAUUUUUUUUCCUUCCCGAGUUUAGGACCGGCGGUACGGCCGAAAGUGUUUACAAAGUGUACGACACGAUAAAAAGAGCUGGACCGGAGCUCCUCAUUCCUCCACCACCCCUAGAAGAUAUUAAGGAAUCUCCUAAGCUCCUGAGGCACGAAGAAGACUUUAGGGAAGACCCUCAUCUUAUCGGUGAUAGAGCUAAACUCAAAGCGAAAAUAGAGCAGGACGGUGAAUUGAAGGUAUUAGAAAGACCUGAUUUUGGUAAACCUAAGACUUCUUCUACGACAAAACAAGGUAAUUUUGAGGUGGUUAAGGGAAUUGAAGAAUUUAAAGAUUAUGUUACUGUUCCUCCAGCUGUGAGUGGUAGCUAUCCCUUGAUAACUGGGGGUGAAGAUGAAAAUGCUGUUGCCAGAGAACGGCGAGAUAAAAUCAAAGAGAUGACAAAACAUGCCUGGGAUAACUACGUGAGGUACGCCUGGGGCAAAAACGAACUGAAACCCGUAAGCAAAAGAGGUCACACCGGCAGUAUAUUUGGUUCGAUGCCUUUGGGCGCAACUAUCCUGGAUGGUUUGGAUACUCUGUACAUUAUGGGCUUGAAGGAGGAGUUCAAACAAGCUCGGGAUUGGUUAGCGAACGAAUUUGAGAUUGAACAAACGGCUUCGGACGUGUCUGUUUUCGAAGUAAACAUCAGAUUCGUGGGCGGUUUGCUGGCGUGCUUCGCUCUCACCGGCGAUACCCUCUUCCGUGACAAGGCCCAGCAAAUUGCCGACAAAUUAUUGCCAGCUUUCGACACCCCCACUGGUAUACCGAACGCUCUCGUCAACUUCAAGACAGGGACUAGUAAAAACUAUGGCUGGGCUAGUGGCAGUUCAAGCAUACUGUCCGAAUUUGGUACACUUCAUCUGGAAAUGGCCUACCUUAGCGACGUGACUGGAAAACCUAUUUAUCGUGCCAAAGUUGACCACGUCAGAAAAGUUCUUCAAGAAUUAGAAAAGCCUAACGGAUUGUAUCCCAACUAUCUUAAUCCGAAAACUGGAAAAUGGGGACAACACCAUAUGUCAAUAGGCGCUUUAGGUGACAGCUUUUAUGAAUACUUAUUGAAAGCGUGGUUGCAAUCAAACAAAGAAGAUAACGAAGCCAGACAGAUGUUCGACGAUUCCAUGACGUCCAUUUUCCAACACAUGCUGAAAACUUCUCCAAAUGGACUCAUGUACUUUGCAGAAUUGAAAUUUGACAGGCCCGAACACAAGAUGGACCAUCUCGCAUGUUUCUCUGGUGGUUUGUUAGGGUUAGCUUCUAAAACUCUGAAUAACGAAGUAUCAAGCAAGUACAUGAAAGUUGCGGGAGAGAUCACGCGCACCUGUCACGAAUCCUACGACAGGACACCAACCAAAUUGGGCCCAGAAUCGUUCAGAUUUACCGAAGGCUCGGAAGCUAGAGCGCUAAAGACCUCAGAAAAGUACUAUAUCCUGAGACCCGAAGUAAUAGAAACGUACUUCUACAUGUGGAGAUUGACCAAAGAUAACAAAUACAGAGAGUGGGGUUGGGAGGCUGCUCAGGCGUUGGAGAAGCACUGCAGGGUGGCCGGAGGGUACACGGGGUUGAAAAACGUUUAUGCGGAUGAUCCCCAACAAGAUGACGUCCAACAGAGUUUCUUCCUGGCAGAAACUUUGAAGUAUCUCUACCUGCUAUUCUCUGACGACAGCUUGGUCUCCUUGGACGAAUGGGUGUUCAACACGGAGGCUCACCCGUUACCCAUCAAGGGCGUCAAUCCGUUUUACAGGGAGUCCACCCAUUAA